AUGGCGGAAGUUACUAUUACAGGGUGGGAUACCCGCGAUGUGCGGUUUCCUACUUCGCUCGACAAGACGGGUUCUGAUGCUAUGAACGCUGCUGGAGAUUAUUCUGCCGCUUACUGCAUCUUGAAGACGGACUCCAAGUUCUCUGGACAUGGAAUGACCUUCACAAUUGGCCGUGGUAACGACAUUGUCUGCAAAGCCAUCGACAACGUUGCCGAUCGAAUCAAGGGUCGAACCCUCUCCUCCCUCGUCGAGAACUGGGGACAGACCUGGCGCUACCUCGUUUCCGAUUCACAAUUGAGAUGGAUUGGACCAGAAAAGGGAGUCAUCCACUUGGCUCUCGGAGCAGUGGUCAAUGCCAUCUGGGAUCUCUGGGCAAAGACUUUGAACAAGCCAGUUUGGAGAAUUGUUGCGGAUAUGAGCCCAGAGGAAUUCGUCAAGUGCAUCGAUUUCCGAUAUAUUACCGACGCAAUCACCCCUGAUGAGGCUAUUGCCAUGUUGAAGGCUGAAGAGGGAGGAAAGCAGAAACGUAUUCAGGAUGCUUUGGAGAGCAAGGCUGUUCCAGCUUACACCACAUCUGCUGGAUGGCUAGGAUAUGGAGAGGACAAGAUGAAGGGAUUGUUGCAAGAGACACUCGCCAAGGGAUACAGACAUUUCAAGUUGAAGGUCGGUACCUCGGUGGAGGCUGAUCGGAAACGAUUGACAAUUGCGAGAGAAGUCAUUGGUUAUGACAAAGGAAACAUUUUGAUGGUUGACGCAAACCAAGUUUGGUCCGUUCCAGAAGCCAUCGAGUACAUGCAACACCUCAAAGAAUUCAAGCCAUGGUUUAUCGAAGAGCCAACCUCUCCUGAUGACAUUCUCGGUCACAAGGCUAUCCGUGAUGCGCUCCGCCCUGAUGGAAUCGGAGUUGCGACUGGAGAAAUGUGCCAAAACCGUGUCAUCUUCAAGCAACUUCUCGCCUCUGGUGCCAUUGAUGUCUGCCAAAUUGAUGCUUGCCGAAUGGGUGGUGUCAACGAGGUUCUUGCCGUACUCCUCAUGGCCAAGAAAUUCAAUGUCCCAAUCGUGCCUCACAGUGGUGGUGUCGGACUUCCUGAAUAUACCCAGCAUCUCAGCACAAUCGAUUAUGUCUGUGUCAGUGGAAAGUUGAGUGUCCUGGAGUAUGUUGACCAUCUUCACGAGCAUUUCGAACAUCCAUCAGUUAUCAAAGAUGGUUAUUACCAGACACCAAUGGAUCCUGGUUACAGUGUCGAGAUGAAGGCUGCCAGCAUGGACCAUUAUAGCUUCCCUGGAACGGAGUCUGGAUGGUGGCAUAGCGCGGAAGCCAAACCAAUUCUCGAGGGAGAGAAGAUCUGA